GUUUCCGUCGCCGCUGCCGGUUGCAACCACUGCCCAAUCCUCCCUCGUUGGCACCGUCCUCUUCAACUUCGCCUUCACCAGCACCUUGCCGUCCUGGGUGAACGAGAAGAAAGCGGAGGUGUCUGUAGGAGCAACUUUCUGGACCGUCAUGGGCUACGUGGUUGUUACCUACACUGUGAUCGGCGUUGUUGGCGGCAUGGCCUAUCCGCCUUUCUACACCACGGAUGAGAACUUGUUCAGCAAGCUGAAUGCAGGUGGCUCCCGGCUGGGACAAGCGACGGUGGCAGCUUACCCGAUGCUGCAGAAUGUCACGUCUAUUCCG